UCAAUAAUUCCUACCUUCUAGCCAAUAGCCGAAGCCAUUUCAUCGACGCGCUGAACCAAAGUCGUUUCGUAAUUGGCUGGUACCAAAUUAGAGUGCACGGUGCAGUUUCAUCUGCGAUGGAGAAUGAAUAGUUGUAAAGGACACUGGGUUGAUAUUUAACGUAUCAAUAAUAAAUCGUUAGAUCAACGAUUUAAACUUAAAUCAUUACGAGUUUAUCAGGAAAUUUAUUUGCUGUCUACGGAACGGAGAUUUUAAUGCGCACGCGCUCUCCACUGCGAAUUCCACCAUACACAACCCAAGUCUUCUGGACAACACGUAAUUGUAAAUUUUUUGUUGGAUUCGAUUUGUAUCAGCGAAAAAAUUAAUUCACGUAGUACUGGACGUUUCAUGAAAACACUGAAUACAUUAUUUGUAAAUAAUAAUUCCGUUAAUUGAAUUUGAAUCCAGAAAUUUAAUGAAAUAACUAACCAUACGUGUUUGACAGAUUACCCAAGAAUUACAAAAAAGCAUUUUCACUAACAACAAUGGAAUGCUAUUACAUUAUAUUUCAUUUAGAUUUAUAACUACGUUUAAGGUUAGCAGCAUUUCAAAAUUUUCAAAUCCUCACCUCUUCUAGGAAGUAAAGUGUCAGAAUGGCUCAAAGACCACCAAUUAAGAAUCCGUCGAGUACUAAGGCACUGCAAUUUCAUCAAGUAGAAAAGCAGCAAGGCCAGCACUCUGAAUCACCAUCACCCAAUCAAAGGGUACUCAUUCUGUCAACCCCUGUCAAAUUAAAAGAUGGUACUGUGAAUAUGAAGCAACGGACGAUACCGCUUAGAGUUGAUAACAGUCAGCUUAUGAUAAAGGCUGGAGAAAACAAAAGCAGAGUUGUUUCAUUGAAGCGAAGUCACGAAGCAGUGCCGCUGGCUUUGCCAAUAAAUCAGCUGAACAAAAAGACACCAACUUUUGUAAAGAAUGAAGUUGGUCAAGUAAUGGGCAAGCUUAUUCCACUUGGAAAAUUUUCUAAUAUUAGUCCGAAUACAUUGAGUCCUGUAAAUCCUACUCCUGCUUCUGCUUCUACUCCACCAAUUGUUUCAGAUAUUGGUGUUCAAAAUUUAAGAAAUGAAAUAUCCAAGCAAAAUACAAGGUCAAAGGGGUACAAAUUGGUUAAACUAGACGAAAAGGUAAUUGGAGCAAAUGCUGCUGCAGCUGAAAAAUUCGGGGAAAUUUUGAAAUCAAAACAAAAAGCAAAUUCUAGCUCUACAUGUCAGGUUACUGCUAAACAUACUGCAACAGCUUCGCCAACGGUAGUUACACGAGUAAAAAAUACUGAUGAUCAAUUGAUAACAAUAACAGAUGAUAAGCCAAAGAAACAAGUCCAUUUGGUCCUAAAAGGAUAUGAAAAUAUUGCCAGUAUUGGUCAAACUGGAACCAAUAUUAAACUAAUUCCCUUAGAACAAUGGGGAAUGGAUACCAAGCUGAAUUUUCUAAAAACUCAGUCAAGAAGUUCAUUUAUUUCACAGCCAAAAAUAGUGGAUGUGAGGAGUUGUGCUAUAGAUGAAAUAGACGGACUAGCUGACACACAUUUUGAUGACAAUAAACUGAAUUGUCACUAUGACAAAGAGGACUUUGAUAGCGAUGAGGUAUUGGAAAAAGAUCCGUUGGACAUUGAUGGGUUAAGCAGAGAGACUAGUUCGUUUCAAUAUUUGUUGGAUAAAAAUGCAGAAGAAAAUGAUAAUGACUCUAAAAAUGCUCUGGAAAUGAAACAACUUCACACGAUAGACGUAAUUGAUUUGAAAUGUAACACCUCGCCCAUGGGGGGUUUCAGUGACAUCCAAAUUGCUACCUUGGUGAAAAAUAAAAAUACCAGCGACUUGAAAUUAGAUAAUGAACUAAAUCCCGAAAGUAAUUAUUGUCCAAAAAAAAGCGGUGAUCUUUCGGAAGAUUCAACCAAUUGUUCAGCAUCGAGUAAAAUAUCUGUGAAGGGCACGAAGGAACAUAAUCCUGAUGGUGAUGGUUUGACUGAGACGAGUAGUAGAGGCGACAUGCGAUUUGGACAGAAGUAUGCCGAUUAUGAGGAUCUCUAUAAACAAUUUCGAAUUCACAAACAUGACGUUACCUCUAGAGAAACUGAAAUGUUAUCCUACAUCCACAAUCUAAGGAAAAAGCUCUUUCGAAGUCAGAAGAAUAGAUAUCAAGCAUUGGGAGCAAUCGAGCAAAGAGAAUAUCUUGGUAUCAGUAAUCUAUCGACUAUUCAAAAGCGAUUUAUAGAAACACAAUUGAGAAACUCUAACAAGACGUCUAAAAAGCCAAGGUUUACUAAAACAGAUAUAGUUAUGGCUAGAGAUAUACUUAAGGCAACUGGUCCUAGGGGAUACAAUAAUUUGAGAAAACUUUUCUCCCUUCCUGGCAUAAGUAUUAUUGUUAAAGGAAUUUCUAAAACUUGAAGACAAGUUAGGUUUGAGAAAUUAUUUGGGGCACAUUGCGAAAUAAACCCCAGGAAUGCUGGUAAAAAAAGCUAGAUUAUAAAAAGUAAAAAGAUUUUAUCCAGAGGGAUAAUCUGAGAUCAAGAUGUUUUAGAGACUGAAUUACCCCUGAAGAGUUACUAAUGUAAUUAUAAUUUCAAAAUUGCACUAUUUUUUAAUAUUUAAUUACGUUCUGUGACCUUGAAGUGUUCAAAACUGUGACAGUUAUGAAAUUACACAGUCUAAUUAUUCUAUAAUCACUUAAUUUAAAACUGCAACUGAAAACUCGUUAAGUAGUCACACUAUCUUUUACAGUUUGAAUAUUGCACAUUGUAAUAUUAUAAAUUCCAUAGUUAUGGCAUUGUACUUUUUAAUUUUAUCUGUCAUUUUUAUCAGCUAAAUAUGAACCAAUUGGAAUGCCAUGAGUAUUUUUUACGUGCAAUAAUUGAUUGUUAAAUAAGUUUAGUUGUAUGCAUAUUACAUGCAUGAAGAUUGUAUAAAUGUAACUAUCCGAGGAGUAUAAUUUGCGUUCAAAGAAAUUGUUAUAUAUACUCAUAAUAGUUGAUAAAAUCCGUACUAUAUAGAUACCCGAGUAUCACCUAUACAUGGUAUAGCUUUAACUCAGUUGCAAUUGAAGAGUUGAAGAGCUCAAAUAAAUGCACAAAUUACACUCUGGUAUUUUUUCCAAGUGACUGAAUAUUUUUUCAAUCACUAUCCUCCAUCAAGAUGCUAAAUACAGCUAUUUAUUGAAAC